CAUACGCCACGCAUUCAAGCAAAUCGAUCGAUGCAUCUGUCCAUUGUAGAGAUACAAAAAGUCUGAUUGGCUGAAAAUAAGAUCAUACACAAGUCCGAUUCUCGCCGACAGGGCGGCCAAAUGAACAAACGAUGACACAUCAGAGGCAGAGGCACAUACACACACACACACGCGCACAAGACCGAAAGCACACGAUAGGGCUCUGAUUUGCCCUUCUCAUUUCCACUCGGCUACUCGUACGGAAACAAAUAACAACUGACUGCAGACAAAUGAAUAGGAGAAGUCUAUCUGUCUGACAGAGAUACUUCUUCUGUCUGCCCUCCACAACCGCACAAAUACACCACAAUAUCUCACUCAACGAACGCAGUGUGCGGGGCUCUCACCCCGCAUACACACAUACACAAGUACGCAACCACAGAUAUUCGACAUGAAACUGAACUGAGCCAACUCGACAGACAGACAGACAGGCACCACGAAGCACACCAUUCCCCUCCCAUGAAUUAUCAGCCAGAAGCUUGUUGAGUAUGGACUGUGACCUCCGCACCUACGGUGCCAUGAGCCCCUCCAUCGCUUUUUGGAUGGCCUCGAUCGGACCGUGCGAUGCCUCCUGCUCGCCACUGGGACCGCCCUCAAGACGACCGACGCGCCCGAGCACACUCUCCAUCGUCUUCAUGAGGUCCUGGAUGACCCCCAUCUGCGUGUAGACCAGCUGCGUCAGGUCGAUGGUCGCGAUCUCCCCGGCCUCAGUCUCCGCCCCGAGCGCACCGGCUUCCAACGAGCUAACGGCCCGUGGGAAGAGCUCCUGGACCUCAGCGGCAACCAGGCCGAGGGUGUCGCCGUCGGUGCGCACAUUGAGCUGCCGGAAAGCCGCAUAGGCCGCCGACCGGUUGUGAUCGUCCCACUCGGCAAUGGAUGCAGAGGGCUGUUCGCUGUCGAGGCUGUGGACCUCUAAGGCACCAGCAGACACGCGCCUGCGUACAUCCAAACCGUUGCACCAGCAUUUAAGUUGAGCACGGAAGGAAUAACCGUCAAAAUUCGAACCAAUAUUCUCAUUGCCAAGCCCUAUGCCUGCAUGGUCGAACAAAGCACCAACGAAACAGACCGGGAUGUGGAGUGACCUAGCCAGCUACAUGACAGCCUUAGGGCUUACGAGUCGCACGCAUGUCACCCGCCUCCGUUUGACCCAACCGCAUGCCCACUUCUUCGCCAGGGACGCCAAGCGCGAGGCCUGCAUGGUCGAACAAAACAACAGACCGGGAUGUGGAGCUCGAGUGAGCUAGCCAGCUAUGUGACAACCUUAGGGCUUACGAUUGGCUGUCACUCCAUCACUGAUGACGGCACUUGGGGCUCUCACACUAUUUUGUGCAUGGACUUCACCGACGCCCACCACAGUAAGAUUCACAUUGCCUGCGAUGACGGCCCAAUCGGCUUUCACAUUGUUGUCCGCAACCUGCAUCCAUCCAUCCAUACGUGCAGCGCAACACACACAGAUGUACGCAGUGGUGGGGGUGGUUGGGUGCCCAUUCACCCACCACAUCGCCAUUUGCCACACUCCAAUCAGGGUCUUUAGCAAUGAUUUCUAAUCGACACACACAGACGAAACAGAUGUGGAUAGAGGUUGGCUGGCUGUAGAUGGCUGCUGCUUCUUACUGUCACAGCUGUUCCGAUUCUCAGGGUUGCAGGCGGCGCAUCCGUACGGGACGGAUCCGAGGGCGAGGCAGCGGCAAGGAGGAAAGAAAGACGAAGGGAGGCUGACGACAUGGUGCGUGACUUCGAAAUGGAGGAGGGCAGCAGGAGAUACCAGCGGUAACGGACCCGUUACGGUCUGCCCUAUGAUAGGGCAAGAAUUGAAACCGAUCUCUGAGCUCGCAUGGACAAAUCGGUCAAAAGGCAGCUGACGAAUUAUUCACCUAUCCACUGAGUCAUUCACGCACUCGUUCCCCAUCCGUCCAUGUAUCAGUCAGCGAUUGUUGGUUGCGUCCCUUGCAGCCUCGAUGGCUUCCCACAGCACCCCAACCAUCCACCUCAGCCUGCCCUCCCGGGUCUGCCCCUCCUCCCUGUACACACGACCCUCCUCUAUACACACCUCCUCACACACACCUUCUCCUGACGCACCAACACCAACGGCACACUCAACCGCAUGCCGUCUCACUCGCCGCUUGCUGCCCUUCCGUCUUCCGAUUGUGCACAUUGACCCAUAGCCGUCAUGCAGGCGACUCGGCGACCGGCCCUCCAGCGAUGCCGACCGGCCCUCGCGCCGGGCGCCUGUGGAUGUGUGUUGUGAGAGGGGGGAGGGGGGUGGUGGGGGGUGGGGCAGGCUGCUGACCUUGCCGAGGCUGGGGGACCGCACGGGCGACGUGCGGGACGGCGAACGGGUGUAGGGGAAGAAAUCUGGUGGGCUGCGAGACCCCGGCUGGACCGGCGGAGACGGGCAGCGCACGCACCGGUCGGCCAGGUCAUCCUGCAUUGGAUCGACGAAUCCACACACAAGGAACACACUGGUCAGUCAAGGACACUGGUCGGCUGUGUUCCCAGACUGACUGACCAGUAGGUCCCAGAAUCGCCAUAGCGGGACUCCCCUGCCCUUGAUGGGCAUGGUGACCUCCGGCUGCGGGUGCGUUGCCGCCUCGUCCGUGUGGCGGUACCACAGCCCCUCCAGCUCAUACCCCAGCCAACCUCUCUCCUCUAAUCGACCCACGCGACACAGCCGGCGCCAGGCAGACCACGACAGCACGUCGGCGGGGGGCGGGGCCGCCCACAUGAACAGCUGGCGGGCCUUGUCCAGCAGCAAGAGGGAGUCGAACAUGGGGUCCGGCAGCAGCUGCUGCCACACGCCGUCGCUCAUGUCCCGCUGAAGGGGGUCGAGUGCGGCCUGCGAUGACGCGCCGCUGCUGCACGAUGCUGCUGCUGCUGCUGCCGCUGUGUCCUUGCGCUUCUUCCGCUUGGCCCCUGUGGUGGGCGGCAUGCUCUUGCCCCUGCUGACAUCAAUGACGGGCAGCGGCACCGUGGGCAGGUCACCGAAGGCACCCGAUCCCGCUCGCCCGGCUGGUGGCUGUGGCUGAGAGUCCCGUCUGAUUGCUGUAGGGUCGGGGUCGGCCCGCAGCCGCAGCACCGCAUGUGGGGGGUUGCGCCGUCGCCUUGGUGGUUGCGUGGUGUGAGCGAUGGACCUGGGCGAGACUGAGGAAGUGCCGCCCCCGAGGUGCGUGCUGGCGGUGGGUGAGGCCGAGGGGUCGCGGGAGAGGGGCGCAGCGAAGGUGGAAGUGGGCGAGGACUCUCCGUCUGUCUGGUCGGUGGUGCUGAGAGUGUCGCCGCGGGGGAGGGGGAGGGCGAGAGGGGGGGCGGGGGGCGUGGCAGCUGGGUCGCUGUCGUCAUCCUGACGAUCACGUUUGCCUGGGCUGUUUGGCAAGUCCAUCAGGUCGGUGCAGGACCGCCGCCUGCGUGGGAUUCAUGCGGAUGGACAGAAGCAUGGGGGUGGGGGGGUUGCGGGGUGAAUGUGGGGGGGUAAGUGGGUCGGUGGCUCACUUGACGGUCCGUUUGCCGCCCAAAAGCUGGUAGGAGAGCCUCAGUGCCUCGGUGACGAGGGGCUCCUUCACAUAACGAUCCAGCGCACUGCACGGACAGAGUGGAGGGGCAUAGAAACAAACACGUGGUCUGUGUGUGUGUAUGCGCCCACAGCCACCCCACCUGUCGACAGCCAUGGUGUUGCCGUCUCCAUCUCGCUUCUGGAAGUCGAUGCGCAGCGAUGGGUUCGAGUUGACCUCCAGCAGCCACGGCCGGCCGCCCUCGUCCAUCAAGAUGUCAAUACCCAACACCUACGCCCACACACACACACACAGAACACACACAGCCCUGUAGACGUUCCAUCGGCCUAUAUAGUGCAUAUACGCACCUGGAAGCACCUCCACGGCACAUUGGCGUGUGACGAGCAGCCCCUUGUGUCGGUGCGGUGUGGCUCUAUCAGCCUGGCGAAUGUGGCGCCCGAUGAGUGGGCGGCCAGCUGGGUGCUGGACUGCACACACGCCAGCUUGUGCGCUAGCAGCGGCUGCAGGCAUAUCAGCGUCUGUGCGUGGGGGUGGGGCGAAGGCACAAACAACAGGCGUCAUCGGGAGGUGUUUCGCUUGGGUGCGCCCGUGUGUGUGUGUGGUGUGUGUGACCUUUGCGGCGAUGAGUUUGAUCUCAUGCCAUAGGCGACGGACGUCCACACCCACUCCUGCACACCAGCGCGCACGAACAUGGAGAUGGCAGACGAGUUGACACACCGUAUGGCGACGCCGCUCACCGUGUAGCUGUUUGAGCACGUCCUCGAGGAGCCGCUUGCUGCUGCUCGAAUCGUGCAGGUCUGACACAUUCAUGGUGGACAGGACAGGUGUGUGCAUUUGUGUUGUGUAUAUGUCUAUAGACCCACCAACACACUCACCACCCACCUGAUGCAUCUGGAAGGACGAAGGCGGCGUCAUUGUCCUUGUUCAGGUUGAAGUUGGCUGCAUCAACAACAAACAGCACGGUGCGGUGAGCUGCGCAAUGCGGUGGGUGUGGUGUACAUGUGUGUGUGUGUGUGUGAGUGUGGCUGACUGACUGAAGUGCAUGUAGACAGAGCUGAAGUUCUUGCGCGUCGGCCGCUGGUAAUCCUCCGUGCAAAACCUGCAUAUACGGCACACACCAUUGCACACACCAUGGACACACGAGUGCACUGCACCUGUCCGUGUGUCGUGUGUGUACCUUACCUUGCCAGGCCGUGUCUGGCGAUGUACGCCCUGGGUGUGGGCAGCAGGCCGGUCACCAACACGAAGAUGCGGAAGUCAAACUUGCGACUGAACAGCAACACAAGAGAGGGAGGGAGGGAAGGGCAAUAAGCUACUAGUAUAUGUGUGUGUGUUUGUGUGCAUGUACGCCACGGCUAUCUGUCCCGCCCACUGACUGACUGACUUGUUGAGCAGGUAAGGGUCCUCCAGGUACCGCUGCACGAUGUAGUGACCUGCACACACACAGCCGACCGCCCAGCGAUGGAUGGAUGCAGUGAUGACAUGACAUGCAACCCACACGAGCCGAGCCACGGUGCUGGCAGUGUGCCUUCCUUCUGCCUACCUGAUCCCGAGAGUAUCGACGUGCCCAGGUCACUCGGCCUUUGAUUUGAUGCCAUGGAUGGAUGGACCACACACUUCAGUGCAUGCAGCAAGACGUGUCCAGGUUGGGUUGUUCACCUGUUGAUGAGUUUGAGUCCCUGCCCCUGGAAGCCCCCGUCAGGCUUGAUGAUGAACGUCUGACGCCGCUCCGACGAACGCAGGCCGUCCAACACAUCCUCUGCAUGAUGCAUGUCCAAAACACACACAUACAUAGCGAGAUCCCCGUCCUUGUGUGUGCGAUGGACGCAAGGGACCUUUUUCCUCCGGCAGUAUCCACGUCUGUGGGAGGAAGUCAAAGGCAUCGGGGAAGUACUGAGCCUGCAGACGCAUCAUCGCCGCCAAACACCUACCAUCCAUCCAUCAACGAGGCACACGCAUUCCAACACACUCACUCACGCACAAGUUGGCACGUGCGUGUGUGGUGUGUGUGCGUGUGUGGUGUAUGCGCACCGUUUGCGUACGAUCUCCUGCAGCCCUGGGAAGCGGUUGACGAGCACGGGCGGCUUGGUGGAGCUGCUGGCCAGGCUGCUGCUCCAAUAGGGACUAAACAUCGACGACGCGUCACGACCGAAGCGACGAUAUUCUACACCACAUGCAGAGACCAGCAUUAAUGCAUCCGAUGGUGAGUGGGUGGCAUAUAUAUAUAUAUAUAUAUGUUGAUGGCUCACUCACUGACUCACUCACCCUGGUCUCCCACAGCGAGGCCUAGCCAGAAGACGUCCCCCACGUUGUGCUGCAGAGUCUCCAGACCCCAACCCAACGUUGACGUGCACAACGACAGCAACUCAUACUGAGGACAAACAGACACAAGAAAGAACACACAGCCGAGUUCUGCUCAUCAUCAAUCAUUGCUCUUCGUCCCUGUCUUGCCAGGCUUGUCUUGCCCACCUCAGUCCGGGCAUGCCUCGUAUUCAACGUGACGCUCACUCGACGCCUCCCACCCCUUCCCCUCCCUCCCCCUCUGCCGCCCGCAUUCGUCGACCUCCCUGCCGCAUUGCGAUUGCCGCCCUCCUGCUCAUCAUAUCGACCAGCAUGGCGAGUCCUCCCAGGCCGUCCGCCCCCGUUGUCUGCCGGCAGUGCAGGUGCGGCGAGGCCAAGGGUGCUCUGCAGGCCCUGCCAGAGCUGCAGCGGGUCCGGGCUGCACACCCGAUGAAUGUCCUGGGAAGGCGGCCCCAGGGGCGGCAACACCAGGCCGCUUGGCUGCGAUGCUGGAGGGCCUCCUGGCCGCCGGGGAGCCUGAACGGCCAAACGGGAAGACACAGAAGCACUCACUCACUGCAAAUACAUACGUGUUUGGUGUUUGUGCUGGUGUUUGCUUCUCUUUGUAGGCACCUUUUUGACAACUGGUCUUCGUAGUUGAGUCGUCCCGUCCCUGGGCUCCUGCAUUCCCUCUU